AUGUCGGAACCCGCUGCAAAGCGCGCCAGACUCGCGUCAGACGACGGAGACGCUACCAUGAGUGACCAGACGUCUGCUGGCGUUACUCGCUCAGAAAACUUCUGGUUGGAAGACGGGAACAUCAUCCUUCAAGCCGAGAAUACCCAGUUUCGCCCUGCAGAGCCCCUGGACCCGGUCGUUGAAGGGUGUCCUGUCGUGACCCUUUCUGACAAGGCGAGCGAUGUGGAGUGCGUUUUGUCUAUCUUCUAUGAUAAUAAUAAUGUUGUCGACCUUGAAAGGGCGCUGCCCAUAGGUCAGCUUAGUGCGAUAUUAUCUAUGGGGAGGAAGUACGAAAUCACCUAUUUGCGAGACCGAGCCUUGCCCAGGCUUCGACGGUGUUUUCCGACUACCCUGAAGGAGUGGGACGACUCGUUCGCCGAUGGCAAUGGCCCCACCAUUCUUUUUGAACCAAUGCUUUACACUAUAGAAUCUGUCAUAUCUCUCGCGCACACUCACGGCAUAACCACCGUCCUUCCUGGCGCCUAUCUAUUCUACCUGUCUCAAGCUCCGCCGGAUGAAAUAUUGCGCGGUGACAGGAAUAUUCUCUCUCAAGAAGUCCGUGUACAGUGCGUCCUCGGGAGAGAUGACCUGAUUCGUCGGAUUCAUCUCUUCGUGCACAUGUGGGGGCGCUCCAACAAGUUCAUGCCCCCUGCAGAAUGUCCCAACACCAGGCAGUGCGAAUUUUUAAAGGCAGACGUCCUUGAGGAACUUGCCAUUUGCCUGUGGCUAACAGACGACAAGACGGUGUGGGAUCUAAGCCCCGACAUCCCCACCUCUCGUAUGAUUCGUACGCUCUGUAUUUCGUGUGCUGCUAGCGUCAAGGCAUGCUAUAACGAAGCACGCCAGCAUAUUUGGGCAGAGUUGCCUGAGUUCUUUGCUCUUCCUGAUUGGGAGGACCUUGAGGACUUCGACGCUUAA